CACAUACAACUAUUAGGAUUUAAAAAGUUGUCAAGUUUUGUAAAAUCUGUUAUUGGUUAGUUUUUCCACUGUUCUAGAAUUGAUCAGAAAAUCGAACGAAAAUGUCUGAUAAGAUAAAGAAAUGUAAAACAUGGAAUGUUCCUUGCUCUGUUAUGGCAGAAAAUUCAGUUAAUCCAAUACGUAAUUUAGUUGAUAGUAUGACCAUCACACCAAACCCAGAAAAAGAUAUGAUAGCACUUUCUAUUGGGGAUCCAACUAUAUUUGGCAAUCUACCUUACUGUGAAGUAGCCGAGAAUGCAGUGAUCGAAGCUAUCAAAGGAAGAAAGUCUAAUGGCUACACAGCUUCAGUUGGUUAUGAAAGUGCCAGACUAGCUGUGGCCGAUUAUACCUCUACACCAACAUCAGUAGUGACAGCAAAGGAUGUAAUAUUGACUAGUGGUUGUUCCAGUGCUCUAGAUCUAUGUAUCUCGUGUUUAGCUAACCCUGGUCAAAAUAUGUUAAUGCCUUUACCUGGCUUCUCUAUCUAUAAAACAUUGGCAGAAUCACUUGGUAUUGAAGUUCGGAAUUAUAAAUUACUGCCAGAAAAAAGUUGGGAGGCUGAUUUGAACCAUAUAGAAGAAUUAAUAGAUGAGAAUACAGCAGGUAUUAUUGUGAAUAAUCCAUCCAAUCCAUGUGGAUCAGUAUACAGUAAAGAACAUCUAGAAGCUAUCCUAGAAAUCUGUGAGAAAAACAAAUUACCAGUUAUCGCUGAUGAAAUUUAUGAACAUUUCGUAUUUUGUGGAAGUAAAUAUUAUUCUCUAGCAUCAUUGACUACAACAGUACCUAUAUUAUCAUGUUCAGGUUUGACCAAGAGAUUUUUAGUGCCAGGUUGGAGAAUGGGUUGGAUUGUUAUACAUGAUUUAAAUGAUAUAUUUGUUAAUGUUCGAAGAGGUUUAGUGAAGUUAUCACAGAGAAUAUUGGGACCUAAUACAUUAGUUCAACAAGCAAUUCCUGAUAUACUGAAAAACACUUCAUCAGAAUUCUUUGAGGAUACCUUGGUACAUAUGAAGAACAAUGCUGAAAUAUUCUAUUCAAGAUUUAGAGAAAUAAUUGGACUAACACCUAUUAUGCCUCAAGGUGCUAUGUACAUGAUGGUCGGUAUAGAUAUUGAAACGUUCCCUGUAUUUAAAUGUGAUAUCCAGUUUGUAGAAGCUCUAGUAAAAGAACAAAGUGUCUUUUGUCUCCCAGCUUCAUGCUUCCAAUAUCCCAACUACUUCCGUGUGGUGUUAACAAUUCCCGAGACGAAAGUUGCCGAGGCUUGUGAUAGAAUUGAGGAAUUCUGUAAGAAAUAUUACGUAGCUAGAAAUGGUAUGAAUAAUGGAAACAACGGAGUGAACGGACAUCAUUAA